UUGUAAAAGUGGUAGGUCGAGAUACGUGCGUCCCGAUAGCACGUUGUAAGGAGGGAAUUGGAAGAGAAAGCUGAAUUAGAUUACAUUAUAAUACGUUACUUAUAGAGAAAAUGGAAUUCAUAAUAGUUUUGAAAUUGAUGUUAUAUAAGUUCAAAUAUAUAUAUAUAAAAGGUUGAUUAUUUUCAAAAGAAAAGAUAAAAACUCUUUUUUUAUAUUUAAUUAUAAAAGGUUAUAUAAUUGAUUAGUUAAAAACCUCUAUGUAUUUGACUUAUAAUUCCAACUUUCUCACACUAUCAUCUUGGAAGCUGGUAGUGUGGCUUUAUUCAUACAAAACUAUGGAAUUUUGAUGCAAUAGGUUUUUUUGAGGGGAAAUCAACACGUCACCAAUCUCUAAAAUUCCCAACCAUGCUUUAUUGAGUUUUUCUAGUCUUCUUAAUCAAGUAAUCCUACCUGUCAAACUAACAGGUGCAGCGAAUCAAUAAGCCGAGACAAAUGUAGAAUUCGCAGAUCGGCUUAGAAUCGCUUCACCACUAAUGGUAUGGUUCGAGUUAGCCAAAGACACGUAUAGUCUUUUGAUUUUUAUCAUUGAUGUAUAAUUACCUUGCAAUUCUUCUUUCCUUCCGUCUGCCUUCAGUUUCUCUUCCUUAAUUUCGACACACAUUUACUUAUCAUGGCUUCGAAUUCAACCAGUUGGCUGACCAUUUCGUCGUGGCCGACUAGCCGCAGAAGUACUGAUAAUCCUUUUCAUGAUAUUCAUGGAGAUCCAUUUGACGAUAGACAUGCAACACCCCUACAAAACAUCGAACGUGGUAGUACUAGACGUAUGUCUACCCAAACCCAGCAACGGAAUGAGUUUCAUCAAUCCAGCGUAUCCUCCAAAGAAUCACGUAUCCUCGAGAACAUCCGAAAUGGGAAGUAUGUACAAUACAACCACUUAAACAUUGAAGAAUUUUACCCAGCUCAUACUUACGGUUAUUCUAGUGAAAUUUGUCCUAUCUGUUUUGAAGCCGUACGUUUUACACCCGCUCGCUACUUGUGGCACUGCAAGGAUUGUUAUGUUAUUACUCAUUACCAAUGUGCACUAUCAUGGGCCAAGGCAAAUCGAACUGAAAAUAACGAUGCUUGGAGAUGUCCCCAAUGUAAGAAAACUAAAAUCUCGAAACCUGAUGGAAGUUGCUGGUGUGGGAAUGGCAAUCCCAUAUAUGACCAUUCUACCAUUCCGAAUGCGUGCAUGGACGGAAUCUGUGGUAGCAAGUCAAGGUGCAUCCAUGGAAAUAAGUCGACUUGCCAAAAGUCAUGCCAUCCGGGUCCAUGUGAGUAUCCCUGUGGAAGCUGCGCAGAUGAUAAAUUUUCGGAACCACCGAAUAUGAGUACCGUUUGGGGCAGAUUCAAAAUCAGAGAGCUAGACCGUGGCUCUGUCAUUUUGAAUGCCAUAUCCGUUGUUAUUGUAAUGGGAUGCAUCUCCAUAUUUGCCGUUUUUCACAUCAAAUGGCACGCACAACCAUAUCGAUAUCCUCAUUUCAAAGAUGAAUUUGAGAUACUGGAAGGUCUUGGCCUUCUCUUCAUCGGAUUUUUUUACUUGGCGCUGUCAGGGUGUGUUCUCAUUCAUUCCUUAGUCGCGGUGUUACAGUUCUUUACAGAGGUCCUGAAUGGUACUCCAGAACAGACUGGAGUGAGAUUUAAGCCUGUGCGAACAGUUUUGGGUGGGGCUCUCAUAACAUGUACUUUUGUGGGCAUCUACAUCCUGCCGAUAGUCGAGUACGUAAUCGAGCUCUUUUCAUUUGACGCUUUUGAAAACACACAACUGACAAAUUUUAUCUCUAGAAUUAUUGGAGGCCCAGACAUUUACUGGUAUUACCAAAUGAAGGACUCUUGCGAGGGAUUUAAUACCCGCGUCAAAAUGGGUACUCGUUUUGUAAAAUCCAAAUACGAUUUGCACAGUCUCAAUGCCUCAAUCGACGACCAAACUUUUUAUCUCGCACCUGUACUUGCACCAGAAAUUGACAGCAAUGCAACUUAUCAAUACUUCCAUCGUUUCUCUGGUAAUACGGCCAACAUGGCCCAUUUAACUGUAGAUGUCGAUAUAGAUAAUGGAGUCUGGCGCUGGGGAUCUUUUGAUGGACCCGAUGAGCGCACAAAAUGGUGGGCUACCAGUCGCAAAAAUGACAAACAAGACCUACCAAUCUUUGACAACAUCACUUUAACAGAACAUUGGAAUGGGACCAUCAAAAAGAAUAAUGGUCAUCUGUGGCUCCCAGGUUACGACGUAGUAAUUCAAGGGAUAGAACGUGCGCGGAAGUAUUGCGAAGUCGAACCUUUCAUUCGCGUAUUUGAUACGGCACAAUCUUCCCACGCAUAUCUCGAAGAGUUGCUGGUAAAAGAGUGGGACUGGAGCCCUGAAUAUGAUCCAAAUAUUAUUAUGCGUACAGCGAGUUUCGGACAUGGAAGACAGAGAUUGGAUAUGUGUAUAAAAGAGGACUUUUAUCUUACGGAAGAAGGCCUGGAGCAAGAACUCGAUGGCGUGAGUAAUCCUUCUAUCGUGCCAUUGGCUAUCGUCGCGGCAUAUAGAAUGAGGAUGAGCGAGAAGGAUAUGUUGGAUUGCAGCAAAAAGGGAAGACAUAGCGGAUACUGGAAGUCCUCUGAGGAGUAAUAAAGUAUUUUUUCUAUUCUAUGUUGUCAGUAUAAUAGUCAAAUGCUGCAAUUUUAUUUAAUUCUCUUUUCUGUAAUUUUCUUAUAGUUGAUUUAAUAAUCGAUUGAAAAGUCGAGGAAGUGAUGAUUUGUAGCUCGAAUCUUUUGGUAUUGAUGAAUCGCUCCGCAUCAAAAUUAGACAUGGUCAACUCUUUGUCUGACAUCAAGGACACUGUUCAUCGUUAUUCCACCUUAACUUUAGACAAUUUAACACAUGCUCCGUAGUAUGGCUUUUGAUUUUAAAGUAACUGAAACAAUAGAGAUGGUGGUCUCAUAAUCCCGACUUAGUUUACCCUAUGAAUCUAGCCCAACCCUUUUGUUUUUUAAUAAUAAUACCCUUAUAUUACUAUUGGUUACUUCGUAUUGUAUCUUUACUCCUUCAUGAAUACUCGAUAAAUAAGC